AUGUUUAUUCUCAUUAUCUCAGUUGUUGUUUGUGUCGUGCUACUGUUCUAUUCGAUCAAGAAGAGCAACAGCAAUGUUCCUUUGUGUGAUAAUUAUCUGCCUGUAAUCGGACAUACACACAUGCUAAUUGGGGGCGGUAAAAGCUUACUGCGAACUGUGAAAUAUGCAUGUGAAGAGGCAAACAAGAAGGGAGGUGUCGUGAUUUUACAGUUAGGACUUGAAAAUUACUAUGUUAUAACAGACCCAGAAGACAAUCUGACAGUAGCCAACGGCGCACUUCAGAAACAUUAUUUCUAUCAGUUCACGAGCAACUGGGUGGGGGAUGGUCUCGUCACGUCAGCAGGGGAGACAUGGAAGCGUCACCGCAAAUUAUUGAACCCAGCGUUCAGUCAGCAAAUGUUAAACAUCUAUACAGCUGUAUUCAACCGAGAAUCGAGGAAUCUGAUUUCUGCCAUCGAAAUCCAAAUGAAGAGCGGCCCAGUGCUUAUCACCGCAGCUUUCAAAGAAAUGACAUUAAAAACAUUAUUAUCAACAGCAUUCGGUAUAGAAGAAGAAGAAUGUGAUUUCAAUCAGAAGUAUAUGCAUGCCGUUGAUGAAUUAAUGGCUGUGUUGACCCGUAGACUCCAGAAUAUUCUAUUGCACAAUUCGUUCAUUUACAAGCUGAGCGCUUUAAAGAAAAAGGAGGACGAGCUGAUCGAAACAAUAAUGGCGAUGUCGAAUAAGGCUAUAAAUAGUAAACGAAGAGCUUUAAAGAACAAACAGGAAUCUCACGAAAAUGGUUGUGCCUCUGAAAAAAAAACUCAAUCACUGUCAGACCUUCUCUUGAAAGGCUUGGAUGACGAGGCCUUCACGGACAAAGAGAUCAGGAAUGAAGUUGAUACCUUUAUAGCUGCGGGAUCUCAUACAUCGUCACAGCUCAUGACGGUUGUCGUGAUGGUAUUGGGCUCGUAUCCUGAGAUCCAGGAUAAAGUUUACCAGGAAAUUAAAUCGGUGUGUGGAGAUUCGGAUGCCGUUGUCGAUAAACUUCAACAUCCACGAUUAGUUUACACGGAAGCUGUUUUGAAGGAAACAUUAAGACUAUACCCGAUCGCUCCGGUUGUUUUCAGAAAAACAGAAAAUGAAAUAAAACUGAAGAACUACACGAUACCGGCCAACAGUAACUGUAUGUUGGGUAUUUAUGGUCUGAACCACCACCCAGUGUGGGGCCCUGACGCGCACACGUUCCGACCAGAGCGCUGGUUGGAGCCCGGAGGUGUGCCCGACGACCCUAAUGCAUUCGCAGGAUUCAGCGUCGGGAAACGGAAUUGUAUCGGUAAAAACUAUGCCCUUAUAUCGAUGAAGAUCAUGCUAGUACAUUUAGUACGACGAUACAAAGUUACUGCAGAUAUAUCUAAGAUUGAAUUCAAAAUGAAUGUGCUCAUGGCGCCUUCAGACAACUGCUACGUCAAAUUUGAGUCAAGAAAAUGA